AUGUAUUUUUGCAGAAGAGGAGAUAUGCCUCAGCAUGUGGAAAACACGUACACUAACCAUUUCAACGUCGAGCGCAAGGAGGUUAGUGGCCUUAGUCGGAUUCGUCCCUCCCCCCACUGCGCCCACCACGUUAGCCGCGCUUUUGAGCAACACGCGGAUAGCCAAAGAAACCUCGCAGGGCGAAGCCCACCCCAUUUUAAAAGAACAAACCUUCGUGAAAACAACUUCUACCUAAAUGCAAACAACACACGGGACAAUAACUCGCCAAAGAUGGGGCAAAAGAACGCAAAAGCAAACAACGAAGGAAUCUAUCACAUGAAUAACGAUGCAUAUAAUAACAGGUACAGUAAUGUGACAUACAACCAUGCCGGUGAAAUGAAUCCCAGGAAUUACAAUUUCAACAAUAUUAAGAUUGUAGAGGAUGACGAAAACUACAGUUCCAGCAUGAAUCCCCCCAGCAAUGUCAGCGGGGGGAAAAUGGGAAGCCAUCCUAACGGCGGCGUCCUAGACAAUCGAAAGUUUCAACUCAAAAGCGACGAUAUGAAUCCAGAGCACGGAAGGUCCCAUCAAGACUACGCGAUAGUGAAUCGGGAAAAUUGGGGAGUCGCGGUGGACCAGCAUAAAGGCAACGGAGCUGGCCCCUAUCACCAUAUGUUCAAUAACGACAUGGGCUUCCUGACCCAAAAUAGGGUUAGCAACCCGGACGUGCACAGCCCAAAUGCAAAUACCAACCUGGGUACCCUUCAUCCUCAUCAGUACAGACAUGAGAAUAAAAUGUCAGAUGAUAAGUAUGAGCAGCUCAAGAACAAAUGGGAAUCACCCCCCAGUUAUCCUUACGGCAACGCGGCCCCUCCGAUUGCGCCUUCUAUCGCUCCACCAGGAGGGGCCACUCAGAAGAACAAAGCCGACCUAUACGGCGACGCUGGGAAGACAAACUCUCCACCUUAUGGAACCCACUCUAACAUGAACGCGCCGUAUAGAAACUUUAACAACAAUGCCGGGCAGUGGAAAGAUAUGACUGUUCGUCCCUUCGCCAACAGGGACAACCUGAACUAUGAUGAAUAUGAAGGCAGAGGUAACUACCAUGAGAAUCACAUCGAGAGUCAACACAACGCACCUAUGUUUGGGAAAAAUAAACCACCAGACAUCGAUGACAUUAUUAGAAAGUACACGGCGAAGGAAAACCAGGAAGAUAAUUUCAAAUUCAAUUGGGGCCACGCAAAAAACCAAGUUACAGGGGGGGAUCUCUUCAAAGGAGCCAACAAGCAUAUGAACGACGGCCAUGUCGGGAGCUACCUCGCUGGUGAUCAAAGAACUGGUAAUCACACGAAUUCCAGCCCCAAUUACACUCCGCAGCAUAAUGUGAUGUAUGGAUUCAAUCACAACGGGGGCUACCUUCCCCGGGCCGCCAAUACUACCAACGCUGGCAACACUUCUAACACCGCCAACGCUGCCAAUAACGCCAAUACUUCCAACCUUGCCAAUGGAGGGAGUGCCCCCCUGCUGUUCCCCAACUUCUCCUCCCUACGGAAUAAAGAAAAAGACGACGAAGAAAAAAAAAGAGAAAAAAAAAUCAACCUAUUGAAAAACAUAAUCGUAACGAACCCUAACCCUAAGUACAAUUUUAGUUUCAGUGACGACCUGUACGAAAGUCUUCCCCCACAUGAAAAUCAUUACCUAAACACGAGUUCCCUUGCCGACUUUAACCACUUGACGAAUGGGAACCAUACACAUCAGGGGCAGAACGACAUACUCGGGGAAGGCCCACAGAAUAGGGGAAGUACGCACAACAAUGCAUACGAAGAUUUUUACACACCGGAGAAGCUCAAUGAGACGCCCGGCAUAACGAACAGGCACCACUUCAAGAACGAGAUCCUUCCGGUUGAUGAAGAUUGUUAUGCAGAGAGAUUCGGGGGGGACCUGUUUGGAGGGGAUCGCUUUGGAGUGGACCGAUUUGGAGUACACAAAUAUGGAGAACAAAAGUAUGGAGUGGAUAACUUCCCACCGGACAACCAGGCACACGACAUGCGACGAAACGACGAGAACUGGCGUUACGAAAAGCACAGCGCGGAUCGCGAGUUCGGCCAGAACCCCUUCCCGAGGGGGGAGUCAAAUAGAGAUCCCAACCACACAUUAAGAGAUAGAGAUACAGGUGGGGAUAAAAGCAGUAUAAAGCUGUAUGACGAAAACUCCAAGCAGAGGGCAGCCACCCCCCUCGGCGCUUUUACGAACAACACAAGGCUUCACACCAUGACGGACUUACACCUCAACCAGGAGAAGAAUAAGCCUCUUCCAUUGACAGACCUGCUGGAGAACAGGAAUUUUAACUACUUCGGGGAGAAAGCUUUUGGAAGACAAAUGGGCCAGUUGGACUACUUCAAAAAGUCUCAAAAUGGAACUCACCACGUGAGUGAGAAUGUGUUUAGAACGUCCGAGGGUGGUGGAAGGAACGAGUCGGCCAGACAUUACGGUGUCGCCGCUGCUCAGUAUGGAGGAGCUACCCAGUAUGGCGGCGCUACUCAAUAUGGAGGGGCUACCCCCCACAGGGGAGACGCCUUCUCAAACAUUAACAACGUGAAUAUUUUCAAAACGCACGCGAAGAGCGGCGACAACUACGAGGAGGGAUCUCUGCUCAGUAAGAACCAGAUGAACGAGGCGUCCAAACAAACCAACAGGUACCUCCAGGAGGAUGUUGCAAAACCGGGCAACAAUCUGUUCGGCAUGGAAAAUAUUUUCCAAUCGGACAAGAGAAAUGGCCUCCUUAACCAAGUCGAUAAAUCUCCCAUUCUGAGGAAUGAAGCUCCUUCUCAUAUGUACCCGUUUGACAGAGACAGGAAUGCCCACUUCGAUCUAUCCACUCGUGAAAAUAAAAACUUCCCUUAUAGGGACGACAAAGACAUCAUUCGUCGCCCCUACUUUGACAAAACUGGGAGAUCCCUCUUUGAGCCCUACGAUGAUUCGACGUUGAGGAAUCGGCAGUAUGGCCACUUGAAUGGUCACUUUAAUGCCCCUUUGAAUGCCCCCUUGGGUAACAACCGGGACGCCCUGAGAGAGAGAAAUAACUUUAGGCAUCACAUCGAUCACCGCCGAGACGACGACCAUGUUGGAGCCAUUUGCAUGAACGAGAACGAUAAUGAUGGUUUAUUCCCCAAGUUGAAUUUUCACUUCUUGAGUGAAAAGAAAAAUUCCACCAUUCUUGGUGAGGCCACUACACCGACAGGGAAAAAAGUACCUACUCCUGAUGAACCGACCAGGGAACAGAUAAAUCACAAUUCACAUUACAACCCCGAAAGGAGGCUAAGCAAAUCUCCAAACUCUUUAUUUAGCAAUUACCAUUCCAAUGUGAAGACGAACCCGAUGCAUGACCAUCCCACGAGUGCUACUUCGAACCAGCACUGGGUAGGAAGAGGAUUGCAUAACUUCGCGAAGCAACAAAACGACAGUUCCAUCGCGACAAAGUACAACCACAUGACAAGGAUGAAGUCUUUCAUAGACAAUGAGCAGGACGGAGACAAGACAAAUGCGAAUAUGCUCAAGUCGAUUAAUCCCCCCUCAUGGAAACAUGAAACUAGCCAAAAUGUAAUCGUACCAACCUCGAACGUAAAUUUUCAGACAAAUUUCAAUCAGAUAGACAACGAUACAGAGAGGGGCAAUUUAAUGACUCUCUUUAACAACGAUGCGAAGAGAAACAUGCUCGAUGGAAACAGAGAUGGCGAAAGUGAUGUGCUUAAUGGAGGUGCCAACUGGGGGGGAAACCAGAAUAAUAACCUCGGAACCACCGGCGCGAAGGCCUUUCUGGGAAUUCUCUCCGAGGAACAGAACAGGUAUACCAAUUUGCUGAACACCGUGGGCAGGUACACCCCGAAGGAUUGCAUGGUGAGCGGUGGCACCCUACGUGAUGACACCGCCAGACAUAUAAACGCUCGGGAGGGGCACAACCCCCUAUCCAACCACAUAAACAAGAAGCCCUUCAAUCCAAGCGGCGCUCACAACUUCAGCUUCGUGAAGCAGCCCCUCCACAAGCAACUCCCCCCGUUGCCUUUUAAACACUUGGGGAAGCAGGGAAACCUGGAGGCGAUGGGCCAGACGAAGUUGAAGGCGCUCGAAGCUGCAGGAAGGCCGAAGCUAGGCGAGGGGGGAGGCGCCUUUGGCGGGGGCGCCAACAGUCACUUGGGAAGCAGCCACUUAGGAAGCAACCAUUUAGGAGGAAACCACUUAGGAGGAAACCACUUGGGCAGCUUCAACCACGGCCAUGUUUCCAACCCCCCGGACGCCACCCAAAGCGGUAAUGGGAACCUCCUGAAGAACAACCUCCCCACGUUCAGGGAGAAGAACUCUUAUCUGGGCGGCCUGGCCGAACUCACCCCCUUCGACAGAUACAGCGACGGCAAGGACGUGCUGCACAGGAGAGGUGAGCUCUUCCACCACAAGAACGAACCGAAGGAGUUCACGCUGAAAAAUGGGAAUGCCAAGUUUAGUACCUACCUUAGUAGCUACCACGAUCAUUUCUCCUUUCCUAACGAGAAGAAUGCCCCGGGGAGUCUGCUCCACAGAAAGGGAAGGGACAAGUAUAGCCACGGGGAAGUUGUGGACGGUUAUUUGGGCGGAGAACCACUCAGUGGAAAAGUGCCUCGGGGAAAAAUGCCUGAUGCAAAACCGCUCAGUGGAAAUCCCUUCCUCAAGAAGGAGAAGGAAGGCGCCCCGAACGAUAAGUGGCCCAUCCGGGAAAAUCUCAACCUGAGCUUGCUUCCAGCCGAGGGGGACAGGGGAAUUGGGAACUUCGAUUACGAUAGGGAAAGACGCAUAUCUCUGAGCAAUAACAUCUCGAUGCUCCUGGACAGAAUAAGUAACAGCUCGGAUAGGAAGACUGGCAUGAAUGACUUCCUAACCAAGCACAGAAGCAGCGAAAGCUCCAAUCUCUGCGUCAACACAGUCAACUACAACGACAACCUCAAUUUGGACACACAGCAGUUCGUAAUUUCCGAUCACCAAGUGUGUAACUUUGGCUUGUGGGCAUUAUAUCGAUGUAAGUUAAGACAUGAUAAGGUCUCGUUCCUUGUGAGCAUCGUCGAUUCGUUUUACCUGAACAGGGGGGAUAGCAAUGACACGGUAGCCAACAAUAUUUUGUUUCACAAGAGGCUGAGGCAUAUGAAUAUUUUAUCCUAUGAAGGGAAGACAGCUGAUAAGAGCAAACUGUAUUUACUCUUUGAGCACGUGCAUGGGAAUGUGUUGAAGUCUCAGAGUGCGCCCCUCGAGGAGAACAUCAUCGCGUCUUACGCAUACCAGAUUGUGGACCUUCUGGAGUAUAUGCACGCCAACUUUAUCUUCUUUCACGGCCUCCUGUCCAACAUAAUCAUCCUGCAGAAGAACACCAGGGAGGAGCUCCUGGAAAUCCUCCACGAGCGGAACAAAAAUGUGAACAAGUACUUCGACAUCUACAAGCACGGCAUCCUCAAGGUGUUCAACUUCGACUUUGCGAACAUGGACGCAACCGAGAAGGACUAUCAGUUUGACUUCCUCUGCCUGGCGGUGCUCAUAUAUGAGAUGUGCACCAAAUACAACACCUACUAUUCUAGCAAAUUCGAAGACAUAACCGAACGGAUAUAUAACACCGACUUCUUCUUCCCCCACUUUGUCUCCUUCGAGCUGAAGAACUUCUGUUACGAACUCUGCUCGAAAAGAAGACACUGCUUUAGUGACCUCAAGAAUCACCCGUGGUUUCAAAAAAAUUUGAAUUUUUAA